AUGAAUGAUUACCAGAAGUCAAACAAUUCUUUUUGGCGUCGGGCUGAGUAUUUUUCACUUAAAAUACCCAAUCACAGACAGGGAUUGACCAAUAGGAUGGUUUGGAGUAUGUUGAACGGAGGACCAUUAAGCAUUUCCUACGCUGCCUGGCCUAACUCACACCAUCCCAUCUCCUGCGUGUCGCUCUUCGAUACAUUGUUUUUGGGAAUCCAAGCAUCCUAA